CCUUCACAGGACCGGACACAGUGUGGAAGAGCAUCCUGACGGACACAGGCCUAAGUGGUGUGAAUACCGAUCAACACCACUGGAACUAGGAAGAGCAGGUGGGACCAUAUCCUUUCUGCUUCACCUGGGUUUUGUUAGAUGGAAAGGGCAGCAUAGGGACAUCUGUAUGAACUUUGCUCCUUGGAGCCGGAGCUUUCCUGGAUGAAAAUACUUUUGAGGGUUCUUGAUGCACUUUGGUUAUUCUCCACUGAAAUCACCUGAGAUGGUUGAGCGUUGAAACGCUGGCCUCCUGUGGGACCGCACUGCACAUGUUUUAAUGUCUGCAGGAGGAAAGUUUCCACACGUGUGAAAAAUGUCCAGAUGUUCAUAUCACAAUUCUGAUUGGAGAUUUGUCAAAAAAAGCAAAGACGUCCCUGUUGACAGAGAUGGUUUCAACACAAAUGCUUGACACACUGAAGAAAAAACAACAAUUAAGCAUGGAGAAGCUUGGUUUCAUCUCAAACCCUUAAAGCAUGGAGAAAGCCUUGCCCGGUCUGAUGCUGGGUCUCCUGACCAAUCACACAACUCCAAAUGACACGUCCGGCCAGCGGAGCACAACCAAGCCCACCCCUCCCAGCAUGGAGGAGGUCAUCCACUCCGAAUCCCAGAUCAAGGAUCUUGUUGGGCUGUUUUGCAUGGUGACCCUUAACCUGGCAGCCCUAUUGGGCAACAGCGGAGUCAUGGUGGCCAUUGCCCGAGCUCCCCACAUGAAAAAAUAUGUGUUUGUCUGCCAUCUUUGCGCAGUGGACCUGCUAUGCGCUAUAUUGCUGAUGCCUCUCGGGAUAGUAUCUAGCUCUCCGUUCUUCAGCACUGUAGCAUUUACUGUUUUGGAGUGCCAAGUGUACAUCUUUCUAAAUGUGUUCCUCAUCUGUGCCUCUAUUCUUACUGUGACCGCCAUCAGUAUUGAACGCUACUACUACAUUGUCCAUCCUAUGCGAUAUGAGGUAAAGAUGACUCUAAACCUGGCGCUUGGUGUCAUGGUCUUCAUUUGGGUCAAAUCCAUCCUGCUGGCAUUGGUUACGCUUCUCGGAUGGCCAGCCUAUGGGAAUCAGAGCUCCAUUGCAGCGGCCCAUUGCUCUUUACAUUGGAGUCACAGCCGCCUCAGGAAGGUUUUUGCUAUUCUCUUCAGCGUGCUUUGCUUCUUGGUUCCCGCUGUUGUGAUUUUUGCCGUAUACUGUAAUGUAUACAAAGUCGCUCGAACGGCAGCCCGUCAGCACGCACCCCUGCCCACCUGGACUGCCAACCAGGCCAAGCGCCGCUCCGACUCCAUUAAUAGUCAGACCACUAUCAUCACCACCACACGCAGCCUCCCCCAGAGAUUGUCUCCUGAGAGGGUUUUUGGGGGCGGAAAGGCUGCUAUCACCCUGGUCGUCAUUGUGGGCCAGUUUCUUAUCUGCUGGCUCCCGUACUUCAGCUUCCACCUUCACAUGUCCAUCACCACUCCGCUUCAGAGCCCAGGGGACAUCGAAGAAGCCGUCACGUGGCUAGCAUACUCCUCGUUUGCUGUGAAUCCCUUCUUCUACGGCCUUCUGAACCGACAGAUACGUGAGGAACUGAUAAAACUCAGAAAAUGUUGCGCGAGUAGACCCGUUGAACUUCGAGCCUCCAGCCACGAAGGUUCUAUCCAGGAAAACUUUCUUCAGUUUCUGCAGAGGACCAGCAGCACGGCCGAGACCACCAGGCCUAGUUGUGGCAAUUCCAGUCCGAGGAAUACUGUGGAUCAGGGUGCCAGAUUACCUGGCCAGAUCCCUGAGGAAUGACUAGGAAAAUUUAUUCCUACUCCCACAAGCCAAAACAGGCCUUAUGAAGUGUUGUUUUUAAUAAGAAGAGCAUUAAAUGUUAAAUCCAUGCAAAAUCAGACCUAAAUGCUCAUCAUAUUAGUGUAAUCUAUGAAUCCAUAAUUUGUUGUUAUGGUUCCCAUAGAUUUAUUUCAGAUACAUUGUUCAGUUAACUGAGAAUCACUCUCAGUCUGUAUUCAUUCGUUUCAUAAUAUCAACACUCAUACUCAGUAAUUACUAUUAAGACUCAUAAUGGUGCCUAUUGAUGCUGUCAUGACACAAAUAUCAAUUAUUAUUAAUGAUAAUAAUAUGUACAUUAUAUCAGUGAAAAUAAUAAAACAUAUUUCUAGCAU